CAUGUUUCUUGCAGUCGUCUCAACUUCCAACUUCGCGCAGGUUGUCUCGUGACCACAUGACUGCUCUCUAGAUACCUGGCGAGGUGAACAUGAAAACAGCUGUAAACCCAUGUGAAAACUCCUGGUCUGGUAGGCUACUCACUCACUUCUCCAGACAGUAGAGUUGCUCAGUACCUUCCUGUCUCUGUUAUAGGCCCUCGGACCAGUGCAUACCAAUAACAAUGGUAUUUUAGUGUAAACAAACUGUAAUCCAACCCUGGUUGUCUGUACUCAGUCCUUCAAAACCAAACAGCCACUGGACCCAAAAGCUAGUCCCUCUCACAGGGUCAGGUUGGUUUCAGACAACUCCUUGCCUGAAACAAGGGACAUUCGAUGCUAAGCAGAGAUCAGAUGGCAGAGAUUGGGGAACCUGGGGACAUGGAGGAGGUGAAUGAAGCUCAGUGUCUAGAGGGGGACAGAUCCUCCCUCAAAUCCACCAUGGAGAGGAGUGUGAAGAUACAACCUGACAGCCCAGUGAAGGAGAAGAAACUGGGGAUGAUGAAGCAAUUCAGGGAGAGCAUCAAGCGGGUUGGAGAGAGGUGUCAUCUGGCCUCAAACAGCAAAGAGUCAAAGGACAAAUCCAAUUCAGAACAGGGGGGACACGGUAUUGACCCUGAAGUGACCUCUCCAACCCAUCAGCUGCCACCCCCUCCCUCACCAUGUUUGAGUGCUGGGUCUCCUAUGGCCUCUCCCCUGAAGGGUCUAGGUGGGUCCUUCCAGAGGAAGAAGGGAGGAGAGAGUGCAGAAGAUUCACUCCAGAAAAAGCACACCAGAACACGCUCAGACCCAUUGGCAAUUGGGGACUCUCUUCUAAAGAAGGGGGCUUCCAUCCAACGGAGUUUGCGACUUGUGGGAAAUAAGAAAGACAAGGCCCUCAAACAAGAGCAGCUCCAGCCUGUCACUGAGAUCACUGUGGAUGAGAAGAGAGAGAGGGAGAAGGAGAGGGUAGAGAUAAAAGAGUCAUACAUACUCCCAAAGAUACCCCUCACACCCCUCUCAGUGAUGCAGAUCAAUAAGCUGAUUGGGAUGGAGGUGCUGGAGGAGGCCUAUCUGAACCUCCUCUCCCUGUGCAAGGAGUUCCAGCGGGAGAGGGAGGAGUGCAUGGAGGAAGCCUCCUCUAUGGAGCUGGCCAAGAAGGAGAAGGACCUGAGGCUCCUUUACAAUGCCCUGCUGGACAAGGUGAAGGAAAUAGUGCGGGACUCCAACUCCUUUCCCUCUCGCAACAAGGAUCUCUUGGUGCAUGUGGCCCGUGUCAUCCAGGAGGAGGAGAAGAGGGAGGCAGAGCCUGGGGUCGGGGGCGUGGUUGGGCCUGGGGGUUGGCGGGGGGCCUGGAGAGAGGCUGUGAGCGAGGGUGUACAGGCCACGCUGAAGAGUGUUCACUUGGACAGGCCCGAGCAGAAUGCCUCCUGGCUGGCUAUCCACCUGGGUAUGCUGGGCAAGGCCAUCGUGGAGGACUUGAAGAAGGUGAAGGGAGAGCUGCAAUGCUCUUACCCACCCAGCUUCGAUGUGUUCAGCACCUAUGUGAGCUGUUACCAUGGUGCUGUCAGCCAGCACCUGAAGAGGCUUCAGCAGCAGGUGACAGAUCUGAAGGACUACUACACCCUGCUGGACUGGAUCAUCAAUCACUAUGAGAGUGAGAAGAUAAUGAGUAGUCCUUCAUUGAGACCAGAGAUGGAAGCUGAGAACAUAGGCCUCUCCCUGGAGGAGGGUUUCCUGGACCAGCUCAAGGGGAAAUACUGCAUGCGGGCAAAGGAGGAAAUGAGAGCUUCACUGGAUAAAAUAUUAGAGCUUGAAAAUGAGGACAUGUGGAUAAAGAAACAGGCACCGGCGACUGAUGAUGAACACUUCUUUAACUCUGACAUACACAUGGAUAUCUGGACGAAAGUUAAGAGCAAUGCUGUAAACUCCAAGAGGAUUGAUGCAGACCUGGAGAUGGGAGUAGUCUGUUCCUGCCUAGAAGAGUUACAGCAGUUUCCCAAGCAAUUUGAGAACGAAUUUAGGUACUGCUGUAACAGUAUGGAAAACCCUUCACUUUGGGCUGACUAUCAGAUAACCUACAUCAACAGCUUUAAAGCUCUUAAGGAGCACAUGGAAGGUUAUAGGGAGUGCUGCCCGACACAGGUGGACCAUCUCAGCAGAGAGGUGGAUGGCUUGGUCCAUAGACUGGUCCAGGGCCUGGAGGACCAGUUUAAGAAUGAUGUCAGGCCUUACCUCAGGAGAAUGAUGACGAGGAAGUGGCUCUCCACAGAUGAGGACUUCCAACAGCUGUUGAGCAGGACAGAGAAGCUGUCCCAGCGCUGUUCACAAAUGAGACAUCCAUAUGUACAGAUGUUUGUGAGCAGCUUGCACUACUAUGUGGUGAAAGAGUAUGUCUCCCAGCUGAUGAAAAACAACUACUCCUGUAAGAACAGGAAGCAUGACAAAGCAGCCACCAAGAUGAGGGUGCAGUGGGAUGAACUCAAUGAUUUGUUUGAGGAAAUGAAGACAACCCAUGACUGGCUCCACCCAGUAGGAGACCACCUGAGUAACAUAAUUGGGGAGAAGAACAAGAGAGACAUCAAGAACCACCUGAAACAUUUAGUAGCGGACUACCCAGACAUCAGUAAGAAGCACCUAUCGGCCGUGCUGUACUUCAGGGGCUUGGUGCGGGGCAGGGAGAAGCGGGUAAUCCUGCAGUGUCUCACUGAGCUGAAGAAUAAACUAGGAACUGCAGGGAACACUGGAGAUAAAAAAAGUGGCCUCUUCAUUGAUAUGCAGGUCACCAUCACCAAUACAAACUGUCUGGCUGAUAUGCCUUUCUCCUGCCUCUCCUCUCUUCUCCCAGACAGCUAAUCUACAGGCCUAGAUACAGAAGCCUACCACAGAGAUGGUAACCUAACCAAGCUGUCUGAGAAGGCCUGAGGAGGCUUAUAAAGAACAUACUGUACGAUUACCAGUAUGAUCACUACGCAAAAAGCAAACAGUCUAAUGAUUAUUUAAAUGUGAAUGGACCUUUACCUGGUAAAUCUUGUUCAGGCAGUCAGAGGUUAUUUAAGACACCUCAUUGAUUAAGCCUUCUUUUUAUAUAUAUAUAUAUAUAUAUAUAUAUAUAUAUAUAUAUAUAUAUAUAUAUAUAUAUAUAUAUAUAUAUAUAGUCACUUUAGCCCACUGUUGUUGCAAAAGAAAGCUGAGGACAUAAUAAUGGGCCUGAUGCUAAAUGAACUCCAUGAUAGGGCUCAAACUGUAUGUUCAGUGUUGAAUGAACUUUACCAUUGAUUUACUUAUUUUCAAGCUAUUCAAAUGUGUCGCUGCAGUGCACAUAUUACAUGUCAACAUAGAAAAGACUCCCAUAGAAAGUCCCACAGUCCACGGUCCUGUUGUUUUGUGGUCAGAACAAGGUUUCAAAAUAUCACAUCUGAUAAUGUCAUUAAACCACAAACGAAUACAAGUUUCUCCCGUUGUUAGGGAAGUGAGAGUUCUUGUUCCCCUCUAAUAAUUUUUGGACACUUUAACAGGGCAGCAUGCAACACAAAGGUUUGUACUCAUGUGUCUGCUGUCUAGUAUGAGUAUAGAUGAAGUCCAUCAUAAUAAAUUCAUCCAGCAUCAACUGAAGGAAUGGGGAACUGGCGGCCCGCAGCCCGCUUUUUGUAGAACACAUUUUCAACAACAAAAAAUAUACAAUACAGUACCAGUCAAAAGUUUGGACACACCUACUCAUUCGAGGGUUUUUCUUUAUUUUUACUAUUUUCUACAAUGUAGAAUAAUAGCAAAGACAUAAACUAUGAAAUAACACAUGGAAUCAUGUAGUAAUCACAAAAGUGUUGUCAAAUCAAAACAUAUUCUAGAUUAUUCAAAGUAGCCACCCGUUGACUUGAUGACAGCUUUGCACGCAAUUGUUUACAGAGAGAUUAUUUCACUUAUAAUUCACUGUAUCACAAUUCCAGUGGGUCAGAAGUUUACAUAUACUAAGUUGACUGUGCCUUUAAACAGCUUUGAAAAUUCCAGAAAAUUAUGUCAUGGCUUUAGAAGCUUCUGGUAGGCUAAUUGACAUCAUUUGAUUCAAUUGGAGGUGUACCUGUGGAUGUAUUACAAGACCUACCUUCAAACUCAGUGCCUCUUUGCUUGACAUCAUGGGAAAAUCAAAAGAAAUCAGCAAAGACCUCAGAAAAGAAUUGUAGACCUCCACAAGUCUGGUUCAUCCUUGGGAGAAAUUUCCAAACGCCUGAAGCUACCACGUUCAUCUGUACAAACAAUAGUAUGCAAGUACUAUUGGAGGUCUACGCAGCCAUCAUACCACUCAGGAAGGAGACGUGUUCUGUCUCCUAGAGAUGAAUGUACUUUGGUGCAAAAAGUGCAAAUCAAUCCCAACAGUGAAGCACGGGGGUGGCAGCAUCAUGUUGUGGGGGUGCUUUGCUGCAGGAGGGACUGGUACAAAAUAGAUGGCAUCAUGAGGGACGAAAAUGAUGUGGAUAUAUUGAAGCAACAUCUCAAGACAUUAAUCAGGAAGUUAAUACUUGGUCGCAAAUGGGUCUUCCAAAUGGACAAUGACCCCAAGCAUACUUCCAAAGUUGUGGCAAAAUGGCCUAAGUCAAGCUAUUGGAGUGGCUAUCACAAAGCCCUGACCUCAUCCUAUAGAAAAUUUGUGGACAGAACUGAAAAAGGGUGUGCGAGCAAGGAGGCCUACAAACCUGACUCAGUUACACCAGCUCUGUCAGGAGGAAUGGGCCAAAAUUCCCCCAAUUUAUUGUGGGAAGGUUGUGGAAGGCUACCCGCAACUUUUGACCCAAGUUAAACAAUUUUAAAGGCAAUGCUAACAAAUACUAAUUGAGUGUAUGUAAACUUCUGAUCCACUGGGAAUGUGAUGAAAGAAAUAAAAGCUGAAACAAAUAAUUAUGUCUACAUUUAUUCUGACAUUUCACAUUCUUAAAAUAAAGUGGUUAUCAUAACUGACCUAAAACAGGGAAGUUUUACUAGGAUUAAAUGUCAGGAAUUGUGAAAAACGGAGUUUAAAUGUAUUUGGCUAAGUUGUAUGUAAACUUCCGACUUCAAAAGUAAUUGGGAAGUCAGUUGUUGUUUUUUUUUUGGGGGGGGGGGGGGUGUAACAUAUGGGUUUUGAAAUAUCAGAUCUGAGAUUUGCACAAACCAAAUGCAGUAUUUUGGUCAGGGAAGUGAGAGUUUUUGUUCCCCUCUGAUCAUAUGUUUCAAUUAACGAUAAUGUUGGCCACUUUUACAGGGCAACAUGCAACACAAAGGUUUGUACUCAUCUGUCUGGCCUUAACUAUGAGUCAAUCACAAUAAAUCCAUCCAACAUUUACUGUA